AUGGAGUCGAUCAAGCACAAGAUGGACUGCCUCCUGAAGGAGAAGGAGGAGGCUGUCAGACGAGCGACGGAAUCGGAAACGGUUUGCGCUCAGUUUGAAUCGGAACUUGCUCGAUUCGAAAAAGAAGUCGACAAGGUCCAGCGAGCUAUCGCCAAGACCGAGGACGAUCUCGACAACACUGUUUCCAGCAGCAAGAGCACCCAAGACAAGCUUGAAGAAGUUGACAAGGAAGUCGUCGAUGCCGAAUUGCAAGUUGGAGCUCUCAAGCGACGAAUUGCUCUUCUUGAAGAAGAAACCAGUCGAUGCACCCUUCGAUUGAACGAAAACUUGGAGAAAAUUUCCGCGAUCGAAAAAUCUUACCAAGAAAACGAGGAAGGAAAAAGAAUCGCCGAGCAGCAAUCUUUCCAGAACGAAGAAGCAGCUGAACAAAUGGAAACUCAGCUCGAGGAAGCUCGUCAGAUCGCAAUGAGCUCGAAUCACAAAUAUGAAGAUUCCGAGCGAAAGUUGAAAAUUGUCUCCAACGAUCUUGAGCGCAUCAUUGAGCGAGCCGAGGAAUUCGAGGGCAAAGGCAGAGCCACUGAAGAUGAGCUCCGACAGCUUCAGGACAAAGUUCGAGAAAUGGAUCAAAUUGUCGCCGACAACUCCGUCAAAGAAGACGAAUACGAGAGCAAAGUCAAGGAGCUCCAGGAAGAGUUCAAGCUCGCCGAUACUCGAGCCGAAUUUGCCGAGCGAUCUGUCGACAAGUUGGAGUCGACCAUCGACGAUUUGAUCAAUUCUCUUUACCAAGAAAAGUUGAACUUUCGCGACAUUUCUGAAAAACUCGACAAGACUCUCAACGACAUGAUGUCUCUUCAGUAA